AAACAGGAAGAGGUGAGAGUGAAGAUUGCGGCGAAUGGUGUCUGUCGUAGUGAUGCCCACCAUUUGGACGGCGACUCGUGUGAUGUGAACCUGAAAUACCCGCUCAUCUUAGGACACGAGGCGUCCGGAAUCGUAGAGUCUGUGGGCCCGGGGGUCACAUCUGUUGUUCCCGGCGAUCACGUCAUUCUUCUAUACUGUCCUCAAUGUCUGCCCGGGAAGGAGUGCUCGAGGUGUGGGGGCACUAAGACUAACUCCUGCGAGAAGGACAACUUCAACACCACUUCCCUCAUGAGAGACGGCACCUCCAGAUUCAGACACAACGGCCAGACUGUCUAUCAUUACUGUGGCAUUAGUACGUUCAGCGAGUAUACGGUGGCCCGGGAAGCACAGGUGGCUAAGAUUAAUAAGGAGGCGCCGUUAGACUUGGUGUGUCUGAUUGGCUGUUGUCUGGGCCAAGGGUUCGGAGGCGCCCAACAUAUGGCUGGUGUGACAGAAGGCAGUUCGUGUGCCAUAUGGGGUUUGGGUGCCAUUGGU